AAAAAGACUAAUAUUAAUUGUGUGAGGAAAAGUUUGGAAGGUUAGAAAAAUUUUAAGUAACACCUCAUCUUGAGGUAUGGCAAAGCCACAGAUUGACACACUGAAACCUGGAAGUUGCCAGCUCGCAAAAGAGCUAUUGUGCUGUUGCUGUCAAGUAAAGCAGCUGCAUAUCUACACGUAUACAUCGGAGUCGAGUCGGUGCAAAAGAAUGGCAAAUUAUCUUGAGGAAGCGCAUUGAACAAUAAUCUGAAGGAAACCUGGCAGUUUAAGGGAAAUUGUAAUCCUUGCCAUUUACGGAUCUACGGAUAUAGAUCUAACGAUAUCCAAAAAAAAAAAAAAAAAGUGCUAUUGGAGAGCUGGAAAGUUGAGAUUGGAUGAAUUCUUUCUUUUUCUUUCAUAGAGACGCCUUGGUUUAUUACUGUAUAUACUGUGUUUCAUGGUAAAGCAUUUGCAAAUAUUUUGGAGUGGCCUUUAUAACAUGACCGAUGAAGUUAAGAAGUAUUUCAAUGGAUUACUGCACAAGGUCAAUGGUUUAUAUGUAAUACAAGUCACGGACAGAGAUGGAGUGCCACUGCUGCGCGUGAGUCAGAAUAAAAAUUUAGAUUUUGCACUAAUGCCUUCUUUCAUUCCCACAUUUGCUACUGCCAGUGAGCAGGCCGGGAAAUUGGGUUUAGGACGUAACAAAGUAAUUAUUUCCAUGUAUUCAAAUUACCAGGUGGUACAAAUGAAUAAGCUACCCUUAAUUUUAACCUUUGUUGGCGGCGAGCACUGCAACACGGGCCAUAUUUUAGCUUUGGAGCAUCAAUUAGAUGUUCACUUGGGAGACAUCAAAUUAGCUGUAAACGAAGCGUAACAUGAAAGACUUACAAUGUAGGCUACAGUUAAUCAUAUUGCCCAAUAUAAUUAAAUUAUGUGCAAGUUA